AUUUUAGGCUUCCAUUAUGGGUCAAAUUAAAAAAGCUUUUGUUUUUGCAACAGUGUUCAUUGGAGUCUUUUUUAUUUUGUGUGGCUUGACAUCAAUUAUUUUAGAUGUUCUACUAUAUUUAAGAUAUGCAGAGAAAUCUCAAAUUUUAAACAUGUUAAAAGUUUAUUCAGAGGAGCCCCCUUUAUAUACUUUUGGAGUGUUUAUGGUUUUUGGAUGUUUUUUACUAGUUCCUGGAAUUCUCUCUGCAGUGCUGGUUUUUACAAAAAAUUUUAGCUUGAUGAUUGCAAUUCUGGUCUUCAAUGUUCUAAAUAUGCUAAUCACUGUUGGAUGUUUAAUAUACGUUGUAACAAUCAUGAAUUCUUGGGAGCCUGUUCAUGGCUUAUGUGUAACAGUAUUCAGAAAAUGCAGAUGCUUGCAAGAGAUAAAUUACUAUGAAAUGCCAUCAAGUUGUGAAUUCUAUAAUUCAACUGAAACACUUUUGGUUGUAACAUGCAUUAAUCUUGGACUUUCUGGAAUAUUGACAUUGAUAUCAUCUUUUAUAAGCUGCUUUUCACUUUGCAAUGUUGAGGAGAAUUCUUCAAGUUUUGUUUUGCAACAACCGGCUGUUGUAUCCUUCAGUUCAAACUGUUAUUUUGAUCAUCCUGAACCACCCCCGAGCUACUCGCCUCGCCAAUUUCAUCUACAACCUGUCGAAAAUUACUCAACACACGAUAAGGCGAUGUUGAUUAAAAACCAAGAUAUUCAAUAAAUUUGAUGAACACUAAAAGUUAUGUUUUUAAAAACUUAGUUGACAAUUUUAUACGAUAAUAAUACGAUAUGGCGAUGUUGAUUUGCGAUCAAGAUAUGUGUGAUAAGUUUGUUGAAGUAAAAGUUGUGUUUUUAUAAGCAGUGUGUUCAUAUUUUUUUAGUUUUAGUUAGAGUUUAUUAGAAUCACAAAUUAUUUUAAA